UUUGUUCCUGAACAUUUUUAUUAGUGAAUUGUGAAUUUUAAUAUUACGAAUGAAGUCGAAAUUCAACAUUUUGAAAAACUCAUAAUGAAAAAGUACAUACUUUAAAAAUUAAAGAAAAUCAAACGGAAGGCAAAAUGAAUAAUCACCUGAAUAACAAUAUCAACAAUAACACAGUAACAUCGAAUCGUCGUAUAGCAUCAUGUUAUUUAAAUGGUGUUUCACAAAUUCCAUUACCACAAAAAACCUAUACAUCGAAUCUUAGUCUACGGCCAACACAAGAAAUUAAAACUACAAUUGGUACAAUAAACAACGCUGAACGAUGGAAAGUUAAAUAUGAAGAAGCUGAAAAGAAACGGAAAGCACUUUUGACACAAUCAGAAAAAACAAAUCGAGAGUUAGCCGAAUUAAAUAAAAAAUAUGAACGAAUCAUAGAACAGAAUAAAAUAAUUGUACAACAAUUAACAGAAAAACAUGACCAAUUGGAAAAAUUAAAAGUUGCAUCAAAAGAUUUUUAUCUUGAAUAUGAUACACUUAAAAAUAAAUAUGAUGUUGAAACCGGUGCUUAUCGAAAGGCAAUACAACAAUCAUCAAAAUGGUAUCGUGAAAAUAAUAAGCUGAAACGAAAGAGUGCGGUUUUAGUACAACGUAUGUUACAAAUCAAUCCAGGUGAAUUAAUUGAAGAUGAAUUCAAUGAUGUAGUGGAUAACGUGGAUGAUGAAACACAUGCUGAGAAUGAUAUUGAUGAGAUGCGAAAAACAAUAACAGAAUUAAGUGAUACCGUUGCGCGAUUACAAGCUGAAUUGAAUUCAGCGAAAUUAAUGGAAUUUGAAUCAACGGAACAAACUGUUAAUUUAACUCAAGAAUUGGAAACAGAAAGAGAGAAAAGAAAAGCUUUAGAAGCUGAAGUCGAAAAACUAGUAGCGGCAAAUGACCAUAUGAGUAGAGUUUCAAAAUUAGUAGCAGUUGAAGUUGCAAAUCUUCGAGAUACUCAAUUACGUGAUAGAGAAAGUGCUGUCAUAUUAAGAAAUGAAGCUGAUAAUGCACGUAAAGAACGUAAUGUUCUUGCCCACCAGAGUGCUUUAUUAAUGGGGGAAAUUAUGCCAGCAGAAGGUGAUGAUAAAUUAUUUAGAUUAUUAGAAGAGGUGGAAAAUUUGAAACGUGCCCUUGAAGAUGAAAAAAAUCAACAUGCUCAAGAAAUUGCUGAAUUACAGGAAAAGUUAGAUUCACGUGAAGCUGAAAUGCAAAUUGAAAUACUUGAAGAAAAACUAAAAUUGGCUGAAUCUGAAUUACAAGCUGCAACGGAGCGUGCUGAAAAUGCUGAAAAAGAAUUAGAUACAUUAAAAGCACCCCCAAUACCUCCUCCUCCACCUCCACCACCAUUGCUGUUGACAAGCUCGCCAACACCAGCGUCUUCAAUUCGUCUAAAAACUGUUUUAAACUUAAAUUCAACACCCAAAAAAGAAAAUCCCGUCGAGGAUAUGGAAAAACUAUUGGGAAUUGAUCAAAACACUCCAAAGAAACAACCGUAUAUACCUCCAGCUGCAAUUGACUCAGUGAUAAAUCAAAUUAAAGGCGGUCGUUUCACUUUAAAACAAACUGAAAAGGUUGAACAAAAGAAACCACGUGAAGAGCCAGCAGCUGUCAAAGAAAUGUUAAAUGUUCUAGGAACAUUACGUCGUAGACAAAAAGCAACACGCCCUCGUAUAGACAAUGCUUUUGGUGAUGUGCAAUUGUGAAGACAAAUUUGACGCUUUGUGCCUUUUUUUUGUAUGCCUUCUGAGUAAUUUUUACUUAU